GUAUCCCUCGGACACAGCGGAUCACUGAUCCACGGAAAGAGCCAAAGAGGUUGGCUCGGUCAUGUGAUCAGCUGUGUCCAAUCACAGCUGAUCACAUGGGACAUGUACACUGAUCAUCAGAGCACUGAUGAUCAGUGUGCCCUGAUGAUCUGUGUAGCCCCAGCAGCGCCACCUGUCAGUGUCCAUCAGUGCCAGCUCUCAGUGCUCAUCCAUGCCACCUGCCAGUGCCCAUCAGUGCCACAUUUCAGUGCUACAUAUCAGUGCCCAUCUGAGCUGCCAGUCAGUGCCGCCUAUCAGUGCCAGUCAGCUCCGCCUGUCAGUGUGCAUCAGUGCCGCCUGUCAGUGCCACCUAUCAGUGCCAUAUAUGAGUGCUGCCUUUCAGUGCCCAUCAGUGAUGCCUGUCAAUGCCUAUCAGUCCCACCUACCAGUGCCUCCUCAUUAGUG